UUAACUAAUCAACUGAAUCGGCAAAUAUGGUAUCCAAGCAAUCGAUUGCUCUACUCCUAGCCGUGCUGGCCUGCAGCCAGUACAUGGUCCAGGGUGUCUAUGUUGUCUCCAAGGCUGAAUGGGGAGGACGUGCUCCCUCGUGGACUGUUGCUCUGGGCAACUACCUUGGCUAUGCCAUUAUUCACCACACCGCUGGAUCGUAUUGCGAAACUCGUGCUGCCUGCGGUGCAGUCCUCCGCAGUGUUCAGAACUAUCACAUGGACAGUCUGGGCUGGCCCGAUAUUGGCUACAACUUCCUGAUUGGCGGUGAUGGCGCUGUCUAUGAGGGUCGUGGCUGGAACCAUAUGGGUGCUCAUGCCGCUGAAUGGAAUCCCUACAGCAUUGGCAUCAGCUUCCUCGGCAACUUCAACUGGGAUACUUUGGAACCAAACAUGAUUGCCUCUGCCAAGGAAUUGCUUCAGGAUGCCGUCAACCGUGGUCAACUCAGCUCUGGCUACAUCCUUUACGGACAUCGUCAGGUCAGCGCCACCGAAUGCCCUGGCACCAAUAUCUGGAAUGAAAUUCGUAGCUGGUCUCACUGGGCUGCCUAAAUUUGCUCACAAGAAAAGAUCCUUUUUAUUAAUAAAUAUCCUUUGAAAAUUUA